CGCUACUGCCGUUGCUGGUGGGUGCCUGAUCCACUCCGUUCGAAGAUUGAUAACGCUAGAUAACGCGAUCAGUUUAGCUAACUUAUCAUAAUUAUGGUUUGGAUAUUGGUACUGAACCGACAACUUUUCAGUUCAGUGCCGUAUAAAUUUUCCCAUCGGCUAGACUCCCGUGCUGGGGAACUCAUUUUUAGUCGGUUCUUACUGAAACUAUUGAUCAGUUUAGAGUAAGAAUUAAAGCGUGGAUUUUACAACAGUUUAACUUCACACAAUCAACUGCAACAAAUGAACCGACGGAAAGUAAGAAUUGUUAUUCCACAGCUGCUUUAUUUAACGUGACUGCGAGGAGAAAAGAAUCGAGGACAAAGCAAAUUAAACCGACAAACCGACGGUGCGUGAUCUGAAGUUGAUGUGAGAGAAAAAAGACACUGUAAACAUCUAUUGUUAUUGUGUCGAGAUUUAUCUAUUCGGUUGGAGUACAGCAACAUUGUGAGUGAUUGAUUUAGUGUGUUGAGUGGCAAAAAACAUAGUCGCUGGUACGACAAACUUGGAGCCAGUCAUUGGUAAAAUUUACGGAAAUUAGUGCGCACUUACGUCAUGAGGACUUCAACCAGUAGUCACCGAUGUUAUCCUGUUUAUCUUUUUCUGCUUGUCGUAAUCGCUCAAGUUGAAGUUCGCUGUAUGAUACUCGAUGUUCAGCCGGAUGAAAAAGUGAUAACUGUCGGAGAUAACCAGAACAAUAUCGCAAAUACCAAACAAGAUGUACGCAUACCAGAAGCACCGCUAAUGCGCUACAACAAUUCAGACAUCGACAUUCGCCAUGUCGCACUCGAAGCCUAUUCACCAGCUGAUCUUUCGUUAGACGAACGAAUUGAGCUGGAGAAGUACAUUUGGCACUGGUACCCAUGGCGGCGGAUUAACUAUAAAGUACUAGAGGAUGGCCGGAAGGUUGAGCUGGUAUGCGAUGAAGGAUCUGCUAUAGACGAACUUCCAGACGAUAUUUUCACACAGGAACAGCGGUUGCAGGGUGCAAUCAUACUUCAUUUUAUUGGUGCCAUUUACUUCUUCUGCAUCUUGGCUUACGUGGUGAGCGAAUACUUCCUGCCGUCGGUCGAGUGCAUCUGCGAAGAUCUCAAGCUUACACAGGAUGUCGCGGCAGCAACUUUUAUGGCCAUUGCCGGGAGUAUUCCCGAGUUUUUCACAAACACGAUCAGUACGUUCAUAGCAGACUCGGACAUGGGACUGGGAACAGUUGUAGGAUCGUUGCUAUUUAAUACGUUAGGCUGUGCUGCGAUAGCCGGCCUGGCUACUAGGAAGCCAGUGCAACUGGAUUGGUGGCCCCUAACGCGGGAUUCGGUUGUAUUCUCGGUACACAUAGCAUUAUUGACUGCGUUUGCCUGGGAUGGUCGCAUCUACUGGUGGGAAGCAAUGGUUUUUGUAAUUUUGCUCGCCAACUAUUUCCUCAUCAUGUUUCAAAACAGACGAAUAAUGGGCUUUUUUAAAAAAUAUAUCGAAGUCAAGUGGAAUCUUUGUGCACGGGUUGUCAGAGAAGUUGAAGAAACAGAGCGCGCUGAAGCGGAAGAAGCGUCACGAAAUGCCAACAGCGUCACUGGAGUAAAGACAGUCACCGAAACACCACGAAAAACGUUGGAUAAGCCGAUGGUUCGCAUGUCAACAGCAUCAAUCUUAUCAGAACAAAUGGCUGAAACGCCAUUGAAGGCAGGAGCAUUGCACAUACCAUCUCGACACACGGUGGUCGAUCCGGAAGAUCAUCCGGAUAUGACCCUUUGGAAAGUUUCUCGAGAAACGUGGCUUCGUGGUUUCUGGUGGUUCUUUAGUUGGCCAUUUCGUUUCGUCCUAACAUUUAUAGUACCAAAUCCGGCCACCAUGCGGCGCUGGUAUCCGUUAACAUUUAUUAUGUGUAUAAUAUUAAUCGGAUGCUGCUCAUUUUUCACUUUCUGGAUGAUGUCGAUUAUAGGAUAUACUUUAGGAAUUCCAGAUACAGUCAUGGGAUUAACUUUCCUAGCCAUGGGAGGUUGCAUGCCAGAAGCUAUUUCUGCGGUGAUUGUCAUUAGAUCUGGAAAUGGUGCAAUGGGGGUUUCUAAUGCCUUGGGAGCCAACUCAUUGGCGAUCCUGUUUUCAUUAGGUGUGCCCUGGUUCAUCCGGACGGUAGCUGAUGGAGGCGCGUCAACCAAUGCAUAUUACGUAAUCGCAUCCUACGGAAUGCAGUAUUCGAUAAUUUCGUUGCUCUUCGCGGUUGGGUUCCUUUACUCAACAAUUUAUUUAGCGAAGUUCAAAUUGCGAAAGCGGAUCGGAAUUUUCCUAUUUCUUUUCUAUGGUAUAUUAGUAACAUUCAUGUUACUAAACGAACUUGACAUCUUCUUCCAUUCAGGAGACGAGUGUUGAUAGGAAGUAACUGUUUAAUGCUCGAAUUCAUAUGGACAUUAUGUAUUGAUAGCCUUAUUAGAAGUAUUUAUAGUUGAACAAAAAGCUGUUAGUUAUUAGGAAUUAAUGAUACUCGACUGCCGAAUAUUCGUAGGUUACUGAUCUAUUGUUCGUUAUAAGUAGUUAAGCCCCUUUUCAAACCGUGUCGUAUAACGUUGUGAUAUUUCCACAAUGAACAAAAUGAUAUUAUGUUGGUGCGAGCAUAUAAAAUGUUUAUUGUUGUCACUCCUUCUGUAAAUUACUGAUAGUUUGCUAGACGAUAUUCGUUUCCGAUGUUUUGUAUUUAUUCAUUGUCUUAUUAUUCAAGUUAGGUUGAUACACUAUGAUGUUUACGAAAUAAAAAUUGGAAUAAAAUUUCUAUGACUUCAAAACA